AUGUCGCACUGCCGGCUCAAACAGACGGCAAGGCCUUCCGUCGAUCAGGGUACUGAAAGGAAGAGACCUCGCUGCUGGAAUAUUUGGAUCAUAUGUUUGAACAUCUUGAUCUUCCGUGCCUCAAUUUUAUUCCUCCUAUCACCACUCUCCAUCCGGUCCUGUCUCAGUCAUCUCAGUGAUCGGGACAAAUGGAAAUCGACCUCAUAUUAUGCGCCUAUACUAGAGAGAUUUGAUAUCCCGCGGGUCAUGCUAACGACCAACGGCUCGUUACAUGACUCCGAGACGCCCUCCAUUAUAAUGGAGCAGGAGAUGCUCGGGGUCUUUCCGAUCCUGAUCUCAGCGGAAGAAGUCCGCAAGCUAGGCAAAGACCCGGUAAUAGCAGCCCGAGUCCCCGAUGAGUUCGGCGUUGGGUCAGAUGCAUGCCUUGCCCAAACAGAAGUGUUCCAUCUCCUCCACUGUCUUGAUAUACUGCGCGAGGCGAUCUCCUACGAGCACUACUAUUACCCAGAGUUUGGGAACAACCCAGAUGCCCAGCACACGGCCCAUAUCACUCAUUGUAUUGACAUCCUAGCCCAAUUUAUCAAAUGCCAGGGCUCUGUCGACGUGAUUCUGUUUGACUGGGUUGGAGGCUGGACCCAACCCUUCCCAGACUUGAUGAACAAACAUGUAUGCCGUGGCUUUGAGGCGCUCCUGGCAUUUGCUAUGAAAGGGCCACCUGAUGGCUAUCCAGUGCAGCCGGAUCCUUCAAUAGUGCCAUACGUUUCUACAACUGUUCCCAGAUGUUGA